AUGCUUGUGACUUUGGGAUUGCUUCUCGCUAUUGGCCUCCAAGGAGUCCAUGCCCGUCCUGCGAGCACAUUCGAGGAGGAUGACAUGCGACUCACCGCAGAGCAGAUCCAGUAUCUGAAUGGAGGCGCUCGCAUAGCUCUCUCCUGGUCGGGAUACUACUGGCAGGGUGGCUCCCUCGUCUACAGCUUCGGUGAAGGCCUGUCCCCCCGGGACACCGAUCUAAUCGAAAAGGCCAUGGCGACGAUAGCCUCCCAAACCUGUGUGCGAUUUCGCAGGACUCGGAAUGCCCAGGAGCCGCAGGUGGUCAUACAGCGGAAGGAGGCCGGCUGCUGGUCGUACGUGGGCUUCCUGGGCAGGCAGCAGCAGCUCCUCAACCUCGGCGAGCGGUGCAUGACCAGCGGCACGAUUCAGCACGAGAUACUCCACGCCCUGGGGCUGUUCCACACGCACUGCGACCCGCGGCGCGAUCAGUACGUGAAGAUCCACCCGGAGAACCUCAAGCCCGGCUACGAGCACAACUUCCGACUGCUCGGGAUCGGCCAGGACCCACAAAUGACAGACUUUGGCCUGGGCUACGACUACGAAAGCCUCAUGCAUUACGGGGAGUACGCAUUCUCCAGGAACGGCCUGCCGACGAUAGUGCCGCUUCGGAGGGGCGUGCGGAUUGGCCAGGCCAAGGGCCUGAGCGCAAAGGAUGUGCGGAAGCUAAACCGCAUGUACUGCAGAGGAAACUAAGGGCAACCGCAUCCCUUCUCCAAGUAAUCGCCACAUUUGCAAUUCCAACGAGUUGUGGCACUUGACAGGAAACAAGAAUCUCCUCCUCCCCGGCCUCCUGCGGGCGCCGUUAAUCCACAAAACAAAAAGAGCUCUAGCCGUGCUAGAGGAAGUGUU